CUGAUCGAUUUGAAAAUGAGAGGGUUGAGUCGUGUCCUUGUGUUGGUGCUGUGUGUGUGCAGUGGAGCUCUGAGCGUACAGGUCAAGGUUGGAGACAUGAUCUUUCCCUUAGAGGCAGUGAAGCAGCUGAAGGAUCUGAUGGAUUUAAACGACAACGUGAACCCUCACCUUGCACAAAAAAGCUCUGCAGCAGUGUGUGCCCACCCUCUCCUGCCUCAAGUCUUUCAGCCAGUGUGUCAAGGGAGGGGAGCAAGAGUUGUUUUCCUAAAACUGGUGAACAUCAUCAAGUCUUCAGAUCCUUGUGAAAUAUGUGCCAACCCAUCCUGCUUUGGGUGUCUGGACUGA